UGUACAUGAAAGUAAGUCAAUACUGUUGUUUCAUAUUUUUUAUAGUUGUUAAUAGUUAAUGGUUAAUGAGCCUGUUCAACACUUGUUUGAGACGUAUUCAGAAAGUUCAGCGUUCAGAUCCAAGAUCCUAAUCACGUAAAGUUAUUGUCAUUUGAUUAACAGACGUCUUGUUGAUUACGCAACAUCACGUUUCCUGUCACUCUGAGCUCCCUCUGUUUGCUGUGGCACCGGAUCAUUCAGGUUUGAACCGUCCACAGCGGCUCCCUGCUCCUCGCUUUUGGUCGUGGCGAUCGGGGGCCGAAAUAGUAGCGACACUUUUGGUAAUGAGCGCAGCGGUGUGCGCCACUCCUUUUAUAGGGCGCAGAGUGCGCAACGAGCUGUGCGUCAAACAUGUCACACGGAGCGUUAAAAAGAGACGAGAAGAAGGUGAAGUUGGGAAAAGACAGUGACGUAACACGCGCUUUUGUGCGCAGUCCGUGUUUUUGCGCGUUGUUUACCCACGACACUGGGGACGGGGGGUACAUUGUACAGUACACAUUCCUCCCAGUAAUACCAGUGCAGACUGGUUUAACAUCGUUAUCUCACUUAUACAUGCCCAGUCUGACGCAUCCUGUUUGUUUGUUGUCUGACGAAAUGGAAUGAAGUUCAGUGGGCGGAAUUUCAUUCAUUCACCCAUUCAUUAGCUCAUCCUUGCGGCCGCUGGGAGGGGUCUGGUGGCAGUUUGUCUGAUUGGUCUGCGAGUGGGCCUCUUCUGCCAAACCCUCAGCAGAGCAGGUAUAUAUGCCCUGCAGCUGCCGCAACAAGAAGACUGGUUUGGGCUGGUGGCGAGUUGGGUUGUAGAGGAGUGAGAUGAAGUCCCAGGUACCGCUUCACGUGGCCACGCCGGUCAGGCACAGCCCCGCCUUGUCCAAAGUGGCCGGGACCUCCGUGUACCUCAAACUGGACUCAUCCCAGCCCACAGGAUCCUUCAAGAUCAGAGGCAUCGGGCACCUCUGCAAAACUUGGGCGGAAAGAGGAUGCGAGCGCUUCGUCUGCUGCUCAGGUGGAAACGCCGGCAUGGCCGCAGCGUACGCGGCUCGUCAGCUUGGGGUUCCGGCCACCAUCGUGGUUCCCAGCGUCACACCAGCCGCCACGGUGGAGAGGCUGAGGGACGAGGGAGCGACUGUGAUCAUCCAUGGCAAAGCUGUAAAUGAAAGCAUUGAAUAUGGACAGCACCUGGUGGCCAACAACCCCGGCUGGAUAUUUAUCUCUCCCUUUGACGAUCCCCUCAUCUGGGAAGGCCACACGUCUCUGGUGAAGGAGCUGGAAGCGGACCUGCAGGAGAAGCCGGGUGCUGUGGUGCUGUCGGUGGGAGGUGGAGGCCUGCUGAAUGGAGUGGUGGAGGGACUGCGUCGCGCCAACUGGGCCGACGUGCCGGUCGUUGCCAUGGAAACCAUGGGAGCGCACAGCCUCAGUGCAGCCGUGAAAGCAGGAGAGCUGGUCUCCCUACCUGCCAUCACCAGCGUCGCGACCACACUGGGCCUGACGCGCGUCUCGGCGCAGACCAUGAAACUGGCGCAGGAGCACGCGGUCUUCUCAGAGGUGGUGACAGACCAGGAGGCCGUGGAAGCCGUGGAGCGCUUCGUAGACGACGAGAAGGUUCUGGUGGAGCCCGCUUGCGGUGCCGCCCUGGCCGCUGUGUACAGCAACGUGGUCCAGAGGCUGCAGCACCGGGGCAGGCUGGACCGGCGCCUGGGCCCGGUCGUCAUCGUCGUGUGUGGAGGCAACAACAUCAGCAUGGAGGAGCUACGGAGGCUUAAAAAACAGCUGGGCAUCGUUUAGCAUGGACGGCUCCUUCCUUGAUUCCACCACCAGUUGGUCCUGAUCCCUGAGCCUGGUUCCUGCUCGUAGGUCACCAACUCAUUCCACACCGUGAAAUUCUCCUGAGCACCUGCUGAAAGGAUUCUUAAAACUAUUAUGAUGUAAUGACAGGCAUGGAUACAUUUAUAUGUAGCAUACUGCUGUAUUUUGGAAAAACAUAUUGCUUGAUGUUGUAACUUUUUUACAUUUCUAGUCUAUUUUAAAAUGACAAAAUAAAUAUUUUUUUAAUUA